AAGACAAAUUUGGAGAAAUGGAUUACAAAAUUGCCGGCACCGAAAAAGGUAUUUGUUCCUUACAGUUAGAUGUGAAAAAUCAAGGCAUUUCUUUUGCAAUUUUUCAAAAAGCCUUACAAGCGGGAAAAAAGGCUAGGCUUUAUUUGCUCCAAGAAAUGAAUAAAUGCUUGCCCAAAACUCGUCCGCAAUUAACCGCCCAAGUAGCCAAAUUUAAGAAAUUUUUUGUUGGGGUCGACCGUUUUGGGUUAAUUGUCGGCAAUCAAGGAAAAACAAUUAAUCGCUUAAUCCAAGAAACCGGAGUAAAUAUUGACUUACAACCUGAUG